AUGAGGUGCGCGUUGUGUAAAGGAAUGGCUACGAUUUACUGUGAAUCAGACCACGCAAGUUUGUGCUGGGACUGCGACGUGAAGGUGCACUCGGCAAACUUCCUGGUGGCUAGGCAUUAUAGGAAUCUGCUUUGUCACGUAUGUCUGUCCCCGAUGCCAUGGUCUGCCUCCGGUGGGAAACUAGCACCCACCGUCUGUGUGUGUGGAAAGUGUGUCAAUGGAACCGUCGCGACGGAAGAAGUAGAUGAUGAUGAAAGCAAUGUGGAAAACGAAGUUGAACCUGCUGGUAAGGACGAAGAGGAGGACAAUCAGGUAGUACUGUGGUCAUCGACAUCUCCGCCGCCUGCGAGUUCUUCAAGUUGCGAAGGGUCGACAAUCGGAGAUAGAGAGGUUCGAAGGAAGCGAAUGCGUGAGGAAGUUUCAAAUGAAGAUCACGGCUGCUCGUCGUCUCAACCUGAUGUGCAUACACCGCCGUUUGGCGCUGCAGAGUUGGUGGUGGAAGAAGUAGAGCCGUUGCUCGCUCCACCAAAAAUCCGGAAAAUUGAAUCUGAUAAAACGUAUGGGGUGGGGUUAUCUGAAUCAAGUAUUUUGGAAUCCUUGAGAAGAUUUCACGAGGAAGAGAUGUCAUCAGGUGCAAAAGAGUUCUGCCGCGACAUCAGUGCCGUAGAUUACGAUUCAUGCGACUCUUCUUAA